CCCGUCCGCGCCGUGAGGACCCUGCUGGCGGCUUCCGGUGGCGCCUGCCCGGGUCACCCCCGCCGCCUCUGGGCACUGCGUGUCUCGUACGUACGGUGCUGGCCCUCUCAGGCUGGGCUCGUCCUCUGGGGACUGGAGUAAGUGCGAGGAUGGCUGAGAAGGGGAGCUUUAGUCAGACCGCAGCAGGCGGCGUUAUUCCUUUCUACCCCUAAAGGGAAAUAAGGGCGUGUGGGCAAGUCCCCCGUCCGCCCUGUCGCCGCCUUUCCUCCCCGCAGCCUGGCUCGGGGAGCUGUGGUGAGCCCUGUCUGAGCUCGGGGCCGGCUUCUGGGACCCUUAGCUCACCUCGCCUCUUUCAGCGUUCAAGAAGGGCUUCCAAAAGGGGCGUUCUCAAUGGGAACGUGGGACUCCGUUGCGCCCGCCGUAGAAGUUUUCUCAGAUUCUUGUCCUGGCACUACUAAAAUUAUCCCUAACUAAAGAUGCAUCCGGACCUGUCUCCUCAUCUCCACACUGAAGAAUGUAACCUAAUUAUUAGUCUGCUCAAGAAGUGUCACCAGGAGCACAACAUUCUGAAAUUUUUUGGCCAUUGCAAUGAUAUCGACCGUGAGAUGCGGAAGUGCUUAAAGAAAGAGUAUGAAGCAAACAGGCUGAGGAACCAGGAGGUGCGACGGAAGAUAAUUAACGCUCACAGAAAGGCAGAGAAAUGAGCUCAACUGUAGCUGGACAGCUGUAUCUCAACAGGGACACUUGGUUGAAUGCUGACAGAAUACUUCUUGCCCAUCACCAUUGCUCAGCCUGUGGUUAGUGAAAUGGUGAAAAAAAUAAAUGUGCUUAAUACGUAGUCAUUCCCAGCAAGGCAAACGGUGUGGAAAACAAAAUACAAUAAAUCAUCACUCACAAUGUAUUUUUUGACCUCUAAGAGAGCAACAUUGUGGCAAGUCUUUCUUCUGACAUGGCUUUGUUAGGAUUGUUAAGUAAUGAGGAAUGAGUGUGUGUAGAUCGCUAUGUAUUCAAUGCAGCAAUAUUCCCUACAGUCACAGAAUGCUGGGGAUUGGAAGGGACCUCAAAAGAUGAUCCAGUUCAACCGCCCUGCCACAGCAGGAUCACCUAGAGCAGGCCACACAGGAAUGCAACCAGGCGUGUUUGGAAUGUCUCCUCUCUGGGCAGCCUUUUCCAGCAUUUUUUCACCCUCACAGUGAAAAAGUUUUUCCCUGUGUUUAGUGGAACCUGCUAUGCUCCAACUAGCUCUCCUUGCCCUUUGUCCUAUCCUUGGGCAUCGCUGAGAAGAGCCUGGCCCUGUCCUCCUGACACUGCCCUUCACAUCUUUAUAGACAUUAUAAGAAGGACUUGAAGAGCCCAAGCUCCUUCAGCCCUUCCUCAUGAGGGAGGUGUUCCACUCCCUGCAGCAUCUUUGUGGUUCUGCACUGGACUCUUUCAAGCAGGUCCCUGAGGUCCUUGAACUGAGCAGCCCAGAAGUGGACACAGUAUUCCAAAUGUGGCUUCACAGGACGGAGUGGAGGGUGAAGAGAAUGUCUAAACCUACUGACCAUACACUUUCUGGUACACCCCAGGAUGCCAUUGGCCUUGGCCACAAGAGCACAUUGCUGCCUCAUUGCUACCUUGCACUGAGUUGCAUUUAUGUCUUUGUGUUUAGCAGUUUCUCUUUCAUAUCUUGUUUUUUGCCCUUUUACCCUUGCAGAACACUGAAUGACUUUUUCCACCGCUCUUUGCAGUGUUGUGACAACACUACUUAAACAAAUUGCCAAAAAGAAAUUUUAAACAGAUAUGGCUUGAAAUUGGAAAUUGCCUAUUGGACUUCUGAUAUUUGUAUUUGAGCUACAAUGAUGGAAUUGCCAUCUUCCACUGAAACUUCCAUCUUCUUGUCAGCUGUAUGUAGAGUGCAGACUGUGGUAAGACAAUUUGUUCAUUGUACCCAAAGCAAGCAGGUUUAGAAAUUCAGAGCAGAACCUUUCCAGGGAUUUGCAGACCUUUGUCUUAUUUUUUUUUAAGUGCAAUCAAUGUGUGCUGAGUGAUUUUUUUGCAGAGGAGUGUUGCCAAAAAUACAAGCUAAAUAGUUUUUCUACAUAUUCUGGUACAAAGACAAAGCCUUUGUUGGAGGAAAACUCCCACUGAUGUAAAAGAAAGUGUAACUUGCCUUUUAGACAAGUCAACUGGUACUGUGCUAACCAAGUUGCCUUAUCAGCCUACUGGAGCUGUUUGUUUGCUAUGAACCUGCAGGAAGUCCUCAACAAGUUUCUGAGUUCAGGAGAGUUGAUCUUAAAAUAAGCUGGUUUGUGCAUUGAUGGAUCUGCUUUUCUGGUGGAUCUGCUUUUCUGGGUCUCGUCUUCUGGAUUCACCUUAUUUUGAAAGUACUUCUGCCUAACAACAAAAGAUUAUUUAAAAGUAUAUAUUUUAUUGAACUAAA